AGACUCGAAAACGAAAAUACUCACAUUUUUUCUCCCCAUUCAUGUGAGUACAAAGUCGGUAAUCAUGACGUCACAAUGCUAUAUACGGGAAAGGUUUAACAUCACAUGACGUCAUAAACGUCGCUUAGAUGUGACAUUGAUGGCAACGUGGUAAACAUAAGGGGGUCCAUCAAUAUCAUAGAAAGAUGGCCACAAAAACAGUCCGAACCCCAACAAAAGUGCGCGCCAAUCGCGAGGCGGUGAUAGAGUACUUCGAUGCCAUGAAACAGGAACCGGUGAAGGACGGAUCCACCCUACAGCAGACACCCAGCGGCCUGCACUUCAAACUCCCCACGAAGCGGUUAGUUUACGAGAGCGACCAUUACGCAGUCUUUGAUAAUGAAGAAAGCGCGAGUUCGCAGAGUGAUGAUGCAAGUUUUCAUAGCUUACGCGGUCAGGAGUCAAUCGAGGCCCCUCAGGGAUUCUACUAUGGAACGGAGAAUGAAUCGCAGAGGUAUCAUGGAGGACGAGAGCAUCAACAAAUAGCAUCAAGCUCGGGUCUACAAGAUCGGCGAUAUACAAACUCACAACGCUCAACAAGUGACAACAGAGAUCCUACAUUCACUACACAGCAGGAUUCGCGGCAUUGUAGAAUGCCAGGAGCAUCCCAAACUUACCACUAUAGAGGAGGUACACGCGAAAAGUCAACCGCUUCGAUUUGUACGCCAGAUGAAAAGCUAAGGAGUGGGCCAGCUGGUAUGCAACAACAGGCGAGUACAUUUGUUGAGCAGAGCAAAGUUGACGGCGGGCAACACAGGACUACAACAUCGAGUCACUCCCAAGGAGGCUGGCAGAGCGCGCAACAUGGAAGCCAGCACGCUACACAGUACAACCAGAAACAGGGAGGGGUGUCAGGUACAGCUGAUCUGGGUCAUCUGUACGGGUAUGUCGAUGACAAGCGGGCGGACAGAAAGGGAGAGGAGGCAAAAUACGAGGAAGAUAUACUCAGGAAAGGAUUCGAAGAAAUGAUGAAAGAGGCUGUAUCAUCGACGAAAGAAAUCAACCAGUUUUUGUACGACCUCUGGCGUACUCAGCGCAUGUGUGACAUUACGAUUAAGGUCAAUGAGAAGGAGUUCCACGCCCACAAACUGGCGCUGGCCGCACACAGUGAGAAGUUCACCAACCGGUAUUGUGAGGAGGCACCCUCUACCGUCACAGAGGUGAUCUUACCCGACGCCACGCCGGAAGCCACCGAGGCGCUCAUAAACUACAUCUACACGAACGAACUCACGCUCACCGCGGAAACCAUCGAAUCCAUCAUCGUCUGCGCCAGGCAGCUGGGCAUAAAAAGCGCGCUGAAUUUCUGCCAAGAUUUCCUUUACUCUUUUAACGAAGACAGCGUACUGUUCUUGCUGCCAAUCGCACAGAGACAAGGUUUUACGGAAGUUGCCGAGCGCAUGUUCGGAUUUAUCAACAAGAGUAGCUUGGUGAUGCUGCAGUCCGUGGGGUUUCUUCAGUGUGAGGUACACCAGGUUGAGUGGAUGAUCUCCCGUGAUGAGCUGGUCGUGAGCACAGAGUUAGAGGUCUUCAUGGCUGUCUUAAGGUGGAUUAACCACGACCAGAGCGACAGAAUCAAGUACGCCCCGAUGCUGAUUGGCUGCGUGCGUUUGAUUUACAUCAGUCCGGAAGAUCUAGUCAAGCAUGUCGAGCCCGAGACCCACAUCUUCAACAUACAGAAAUGCUUUGAAAUGCUGUAUUUUGCAUUCAGGUAUCAUGCAAUCAAGUUGAGCGGAAGCACGAUGUACACUAUAAUGAAGGUUCCGCCGCCCAGAAGGUACACGGUCCCUGUCUCCGAGCAGACCCAGAUAGCAGAUCGGCGGAUCUCAGAGAAACCCAGGGGGGUCACAAACAAAACUAACAACAUGUCGUGCCCCGCUCUCCACUACUCAUACGCCUCAACAGGAAGUCAAAUCUUUCCGGGUGGGAGAAAUGUUGCCGCCGAGAAUUCAAAACCGUUGUUCAAGUCGUGCAGUGACGACAACAGGCAGACCUCGGGAAGUCCAGUAAAAGCUGGAAUUCUGAGACCCACGGGACAGAGCUCUAGUGUCUGUGCCAAGGAGAGUAACGCGAGUAAGCAGGGUAGUGUCCGUGAGUGGAGCAGCGGAUACUGUACAGAGGACGCCCAACAGAGAGCGAAUCAGACCGGAAGUCAGGCGCUCAAAUAUAGUCCGGAAGGCAGAAGUGCGGGACAUGUUCAGUCACAAAACUCCCCACAAAUCUCAAGGGGUGAGAGGAAUGGAAGCAUGGGCCCAAAGAGACUGAGUUUUAGCGAGGCGUUAGCGAUAAAUACAGAUGAUACAAGGGGUUAUAAUCCGCUGGGGAGAGGCCAGGAGUCACGUGAUGCUGAACCGUCACGUGAUAGCGAACAAGACUCUGACAAAACAUCAACAGAGUCCGACUCUAGCGAAUCUGCCAAAAUGCCGAAACCACGAAGGGUAGUGAACAAGAUCCACCAAGCGAGACCGGAGACUGAGAAACCAUUCGAGAGAACCAAGGUUCCCAAAACCCGAACCCGGAAUAAGCCACUGUCACGUGACCGAUUUCUGGUGAUCGGUGGGAUCGAUCCGUUUGAGGUCACGGACUACCAGACCAGUCGGUUGGUGGAGGAGUACUUCCCCGGCAAGUCGGAGUGGACAGCUAAGACCAGCCUCCCUGACUCACGCCACCACACGUGCGCAUGCCUGUUGGACGGAUUCAUAUACCUCGUCGGCGGAUCCACUUACAGCCAAGAGAAGCCAGACAACCUGGCCAAUCCGACCUCCACCUGUUUCCGGUACGAUCCCGAUAAAGAUAACUGGUCCCGAAUUUCCUCGCUACAGACUCCCCGAAUGUACCACGGAGCUGGGGUUCUCGACGGGGUGGUGUACGCAGUAGGGGGACACGAUUACACCGGCAGAGCCCUCGAUACUGUGGAAUUUUAUAACGCUGACACGGACUCAUGGAGCUACGCAGCCAAUAUGACGGAACCAAAACUGGGUGUGGCUUGCAUCGGGUACAAAGGUCACUUGUAUGUAAUGGGUGGAUCGAUAGACCGCGGGGGCAAGAAGGUCGUCCUGAAAACGGUGGAGUGCUAUGACCCCAAACUUAACUGCUGGGUGCGUAAAAGGAGUCUCCCAAGACCUUUAUGUCAUGCAUGCGUCCUUGAAGUAAACAAUUAUCUAUUUCUUCUGGGCGGAGCAACACAAGAGGAACCAGGAGGUGAUAUGGUGAGCUCUAACGUGGUGUAUCGCUACUCCAGACUCAGUGAAGUGUGGACGGAGUUCACGGAGAUGAUUACUCCCCGCCACGACGCGGGUGCAGUAGCUGUCGGCUGUAAUAUAUACGUAGUUGGAGGAAUCUGCACACAAUCUGGCGAGGCUGUGGAUACAAUAGAGGUCCUGGACUGUGAGACGGCCACGUGGGAGGAGGAGAACGAGGAGGAGUUCCGGCCCGUGAUAGGCGUGGCCUGUGUGCUGAUGCCCCGCCUAUAAAACAUGGCCGCCAAAUACGUCACUCAAAAAUAAACACAUUUUUUUAAAAGCUUUAUAUUUAACAGAAUAUUUUAUAUCUAUUUUAGUAUAUAUUUAUACAUUAUUUGCUCAAUAUUUAUAACAGUUAUUACCGUUUUGAAUUUAUUAAUAUUUGAAUCAAUUUAUGAAUUGUAACAAGUAAAUAAAUAAAAGAUGAGAU